GGCGCAUCGUCUUUGUGCCUGAGGCAGAAACGGAGCUCCGUCAACAGAGCCAAAACAGCCCGCGGGACUACGGGACUACGGCGACUGGCGAUUACAACAACAACAACAACAACAUCAUCAUCAUCAUCAUCAUCACACCACCAUGCCGCUACUUGACUCCCACUUAGAGCAGAUUGCUCUUUCAUCAAGGGCUAUUUCUGAACUACCAUUCCCUCCGCCCCGCAUCUUCACGAACGCGCUACUAGGCUCGCACGACAUCACCGCCUUGAUUCGCGAUACCGAGGUCCAUGAAAGAGCACUGUUCCAAGUCGAUCCUUCGACAAAGGCUCAAGGCGCACAGCGGCGUGCCACCCGGCGCGGGACGACAUUCCCUGCAGAGCCCGAGACCGAAUCUAUGGCCAGUCGUAUCUACUCCGCCCGGAACAACCGCAACCAGUCCGCCGUCGCUCGAGUCUUGGGCUCUGAUAUGAUGGAUGAAAUCAAGCGGUCGGCAGGUACAUCCACUCGGGGGCCACGAGGAGAAGUCAACAUUGAAGUCUUGCUUCGCGGAGCAGAGAUUCUAUGCAAUGUCUAUCCCGUUGCGGGUGCACAGGAGAAAAUUGCUAGCUUACGCUACCGCCAUGAAAUGAUCGCCGAAUCGAUUGCGCAGUUAGAAGAUCGUGUUGCUGCCAGUACCGCCGAGCUGGAGCAGAUGCGCCGCUCUUAUGGAGAUAAUGAGGAUGACUAUGCCCCUGCGCCAGUCUCACAGCCCAAUACUCCGGAUGUUACCGAUGAGGACAUUGAACGUGAAUUGGCUGAAAUCAGAGAACUCGAGCGGAGGAAACGCACGCUAGAGGCUCGAGUCACGGGAAUGGACCGCGAUCUUGGACGACUCAUGGGCUGAAGUGGAGCUUAAUUUUUCUCCAUUGAAAAAAUCUUUCCAGUCUCUGGUCCAUCAGUCACUCCCCGAAUACUAACAUCUGGAGAUGGAAUGGGCAAAGUCGAUUAGGGGCCAUCCCAGAGGAGGAUGUAUGCCGAUCAAAUGAUCUUGUCGUGUUUCGGAGUUCCCAGAGAAAGAAUCACCAGCUUCUCCUCAUAACACUCUUGCCACAUGGGGGCUUGGCUGCACUCGCCCUUGUGUUCACCAGCUCGCUUCGAUGAUGGCCAGGGGAAUGAUCGACCCCCCCCCCCCCCAAUACAGCGUCGGGCCUUCUUGAGAAACACGAGCCCCGUCCAUUCCAGCUUAGUCUCCGUGAACUUGAUUGUGGACUACUUUGUGCAAGUGUUUGGGGGCCUGGAUGUUCUGCUAUCCAGCAGCGUGCCAAAUAAGAUACCCUCUGUCGAUGAGUUCGAUGAUGACCUCGAACAGCCUUUGUACUAGGCAUACUGAUUUGACUUUAUGAUAUUCUUGAUGAAUGCAAUGCAAACAUUCUCUGCCAAG